CAAAUUUACAUGAACAAAUUAUUGAAAAAAGUCAUGUAGAUUUUUAUGAUUAUGAUAAAUUUUCGGAAAUUGAGCAUAUUGGUCCAGGACCUUCUGGAGAAACUUUUCGUGCUGAUUGGAAAUCUAAUGGAAUUACCGUAAUGUUAAAAAAGUCGAUGGGAAAUAUUGGCACUGAUGAUAAAUCUGUCAUAGAUAAAUUUAUUAUACUGGAAAAACUUCAAAAUGUCGAAGUGACUACUAAAAAGAAAAGUAACGAUAAUAUUUCAAAUAAUUCGAAACCAAGAAUUCGAAGAGUUUCCUCUUCUUCUUCUGGAGACAAAAUUCCUGAAAUUCAGAUUUCAACUACUGGAAAAUCUAAAAAAUUGGGCACAAUAAACACUGAACUGAGUAAUUCAGUUUUUAAUGGAAGGAAGCCACCACACUCAAGAAGUAAUUCGUUUCACGAGAGCUUAUCAACCCCAACCACCCCAACUUCUCCAGGAAAUAAUAAGAAAAUAAUUGAAAAUACUGAUUCUGUAUUCCUUAAAGAUUUAUUAAAAUUUUUUGCUGAAAUAUUAGAAUUAAGUGGUGAUUCCACUGCGAUGAUUUCUAAUAUUAAAGAUUAUUUGCAUAAUCGAAUGAGAGAACAUAAAUCAACUUUCAAAACUUUGAAUCAAAAUAAGGAUAAUCCUCAAUUCGCUGCUACUAGUGGGUAUUCUCUAGCACAAAGUAAGAUUGAUGGGUUGUCAAAACAAAGACGACCAUCAUCUGUUUUAAAAGUUGGUGCAAAAUAA